UAACGAUUCGCAAAGAGAAGGCUCGCUCACCUUAUCUCUUAUCGCAUAAUUUCCGUCGAAUAUGUCGACAAGAUUCCAAUAACUAAUUUAGUGUGAAACAAACUCGCGAGAAAGCGUACUGGCAUUUAUUGACUGUAAAGGUGAACUCUGGACACCCAGUAAAAAAAUGGACUCUCCCACAACCGAGACAACCCCGCAUCCACCCACGCUAUGUGGUCCAUUCGUUGGGGCUAUUGACGAGGGAACCACCUCAGCGCGAUUUAUAAUAUUUCGUGCGGGCACUGACGAAAUUGUGUGCUUCCAUCAGAUUGAAGUGGAGUCCAUUUUCCAGAAGGAGGGAUGGUGCGAACAGGAUCCCAUGGCCAUAGUGAACACGGUCAACGAGUGCAUCGCCGGAGCCUGCAAGAAACUUAUUGCCGUUGGCGGGAAGGUCGAGGAAAUCAUCACGAUUGGAAUAACAAAUCAACGCGAGUCAACGGUCGUCUGGGAUAGAAACUCCGGCCAACCCCUAGUCAACGCUAUUAUCUGGCUGGAUAAUCGGACUACCAGCACGGUGGAGGAGCUCUUGGAGACUAUUCCGAACAAUGCCAGAAAUAUCAACUACCUGCGCCCAUUGUGCGGACUUCCUCUGUCUCCGUACUUUUCGGGGGUGAAACUUCGCUGGCUGCGAGACAACGUGCCGGUAGUCAGUCAGGCUAUGGAGAAGGGAACUGCCAUGUUUGGUACCAUCGACACCUGGCUGAUGUAUAACCUUACGGGCGGAAAGGACUGUGGUGUUCACAAGACGGACGUGACCAACGCUUCGCGCACCAUGCUCAUGAACAUCGAGACCCUUCAGUGGGACGCCAAUUUGCUCAAGUUUUUUGGGCUGCCGAAGACCAUUUUGCCGGAGAUCUGCUCGAGCUCGGAGUUCUAUGGCAAAAUUGCGCAGGGCGUGCUGCAGGGCAUAGGCAUAACAUCGGUUCUGGGCGACCAACAAGCCGCUCUAGUAGGUCAACAAUGUCUGGCCAAAGGGCAGGCCAAAGCCACUUAUGGCACUGGAUGUUUUCUGCUUUACAACACAGGACCGUCAAUUGUUCACUCAACACACGGGUUGCUAACGACUGUUGGCUACCAACUAGGACGGAAGGCAGUCCCAUUUUACGCCCUUGAGGGCAGCGUGUCCAUUGCCGGUGCUGCAUUCAACUGGCUGCGGGACAACAUGAAUCUUAUUCAAAACUCGGGGCAAAUAGAAUCCAUGGCUAGCACCGUGGACAAUUCUCUUGACGUAUACUUCGUGCCAGCUUUUAAUGGACUCUACGCCCCCUACUGGAAUCAGGACGCUCGGGGUGUUAUUUGUGGACUGAGUGAGGAAACCACUAGUGAGCACAUAGUACGAGCCACCCUGGAAGCAGUUUGUUUUCAAGUCCGUGAUAUUCUCGAUUCGAUGCACAAGGACUGCAAGAUUCCACUGGCCAAGCUAAUGGUGGACGGCGGCAUGACUGUGAAUAAUCUGUUUCUGCAGCUUCAGUCCGACCUCGUAGGGAUUCAAGUACUACGGGCAAAGAUCGCAGAGACAACAGCUCUGGGAGCUGCAAUGGCAGCCUACAAAGCCGUUGAAAGCCGAUACCAAAUGGAGGCACCUCUCUCGAAAACUGGCCCUCGAGAUGCCAUUAAGCCAUCGAUCAGCGCCACUGAUCGCAACCUGCGCUACCAAAAGUGGAAAAUGGCUAUCGAUCGCUCACUGAACUGGGAGACUUCGACACUUCCACAGGGCGAGCGGGAGGCCUUCGAUGGAGCGUGAUUGCAUCUAAUGUCUGGUAACGUUCUCGUACUUAUAUUUGUGGAUCAAUUGCUUGGAUUUUCGUGUUCGAAGUUUCCAUUUAUUACAUAUACAUAUAAAAAUGUUAAUGAAAAA